AAUGGGUGGUCAUCUUUCACAUCUAAAACCAAAACCACUUCUGAAUGUUUUAAACUCGACAUGCGGUCCAGUUCAGGGAAACCUUUAUCGUCAUGGAAAUGAAGAGGUCCAUGGUUAUUUGGGGAUUCCAUAUGCUCAACCACCAAUCGGAAUACUUCGAUUCAAAAAACCUGUCAGUGCGGACGUUUGGACAGAAACCAGAGAUUGCACGAAGUACGGUCCCAGGUGCCCUCCCUCUGGAAUGCUCUAUGAGAAUCUCCAACUGCCGAAUACAGACAUUCCAGAUGAAGCAAACUGUUUGAGUUUGAAUGUGUUUUGUCCUCAGUGGGAAAUUAAGCAAUCGGCAAAACAUCCAGUUAUGAUUUUCAUUCACGGUGGUGGUUUCGAGCUUAGUGCAUCCAAAGACUAUUGUGAUUAUUCUCUUUCUGGAACUCUUCCACUGAAAGAUGUCAUUGUCGUAACUGUGAAUUAUCGGGUCGGCGCUCUCGGAUUCCUUACUACAGGAGAUGAUUCCUGUCGUGGAAACUUUGGACUAUGGGAUCUUACUUUGGCUCUGAAAUGGGUCUCCACGCAUAUUUCUUCUUUUGGUGGAGACCCGAAGAACGUGACUCUUUUUGGACAGAGUGCUGGAGCAGUUUGUGCAGAUUUGCUCAAUUUAAGCCCUUAUUCUAGAGAUUUAUUUCAUAAAUUGAUAAUUAUGUCCGGAAGUGCUCAUGUUCCAUUUGCAAUUCGAACUGAAGAAAAUCAAGCGCUUGUUUGCAUGGAAUAUGCUAGAAGCAGAGGGUUUUCCGGGUCAGGUUCAGCGGAACUCCUGGAGUUUUUUGAAAACCUACCUAUCGAGAAACUAUUAGAGAAGACGGGAUUGAAACAUACCGUUUCUAUAGAUCUAUCGUUUGCACCAAAUUUGGACGGUGACUUCUUCCCAAAACCACUUGAAGAACUUCGGCGAGAAACUCGAAAAAAGCCGGUCAUUGUUGGAAUGAUGGAAGACGAAGGCCUUAUUACAGCAUUUGCAGACGGAGAUUUUACAACUUGUGAAGAAAAUUUUAAAAGACGAGUUGAAUCCGAAUACAGAGGUGACGUAGUAGAAAAUCCAGAAAAUGUGCAGAAAAAUAUAAUGAAUUUUUACACAAAUUACUGUGAUGAAUCGGAGGAAAGAAAACUUGUUGAUUACAUUGGACAUUCUGUGUACAACGCUGGAGUUCUACUGUCUGCCGAAAGUUUAGCUCGAGCUGGGAACUGUGUGUAUUUCUAUGUAUUCGAUUUCUGGAACCCAGAUGGUUUUGGACCUGUUGGGAGCAUUGUGCCAUUUAAAGGUGCUGCACAUUGCAGUGAACUACGUUACAUUAUUGGUGAAGGAGUGUACAGCAAAUUUGAUGCAAAUGAAAAAGAUUUGAAAAUGAUGGAAUAUAUGACUACUAUGUUCACUAAUUUUGCAAAAUAUGGAAAUCCUAAUAUACCCGGCGUGACAAACUGGGAAACUUACACCGAAGGAAGUCGACAUUUUCACAUUGAUUCAACUGACAGUGAAAUGAAAGACAGUUUUCAAGAAAACCGCUGCCAAUUUUUGAAACAAAUACAAGAGCAAAGCAAGCGUUAUCAGCACAUUUUCUACGGGAAAAAAUAACUACUAACUAUUCUCUCUGUAUUUUAAUCUCUCCUCUCGUGUUUUGAAAAUUUGUGACCCAUUUUGUGUCAAUAAACUACAAAAAGGCGGG